CGCGUAGCGAAAACAACUCUGAAAAAACUUUGCGCGCGAAGUGCUGCUGUGUUGAGCAACUGUGCAGAGUGCAUGCGUGCGUGAAUUGUUGUUGCGUAAACAAUUUACUUUGUGCAUUUGUGUAAAUUUUUGAGCAACCAAGUGGGUUGUAAACCUAACAAAAAAUACAGUGUUUAGUAGAAGAGUAACCGAAACUGAGGAAUUUAGUAUGGAUUUUUUAAGCUAAGCUGGCUGGCGCUGCGUAGCCGCCAUGUUGUGGUUGUUGUUGUGUUUUAUUAAGGGGCCAUUGUGAAAUAAUUGAGUAAUUUGUUAGUCGAGCCCCUUUAGGUGGCAAGUGUAUGAAGGCAAAAAAUACUAUCACAUUCACACUGAGCUAGGCUGUGUGCAUCGCCGAUUAAUUGAGCCGCCUAUACUCCUUUACGUCACAAAUACAUUCUCGCUCCUUUUUUUGUGGUAUUUUUUUUUUGUGAAAGCACUGCAAUCAAUUGAAAGUGCUUAGUUGCUUGCCGUAAGAGCCCAAAAGUGAAUCAUUCGGCAAACAAAUACACUACGUAAUCGAUGUUUGUUUUUUGUGUUAUCUAAGUACAUACAUAUAUCAACUACUCGUAUUCCCACACCUGCACAGCCCAGUGAGGAUUGCGUGUGAAAUACUACCUACUUUUUAUCGCGUGUGCAUGUGUGUGAAUGCACGUUGGCAUUCGUAGUUGGUGGCAGUUGCAGCGAAGCAAAUGGAUUGAAAAUUGUUAUAUAAAAAGUUAUUACGCAUAAAAGUGUUGUGAAGAAGUGCAUUGAAUACGAAGCGGCGUAUAUAAAAAAAAAAGUACUCGACAGCAGCUUACAGCCGGCAACGAAUCGAAAUAAAAACCAUUGAACGCUUAAACGAAUGCAACUUUAAACAAUAAAUUAUCACCCGGCACUUUAAGCCAAAUUGCGGAUUGCAUAUACAAGCAGGCAGGAGAAGCUUGCUAGUAGUUACUGCUGAAACUUCAAGUGAAUUCAAAGUGCAUGUAAAUAUAACUCAACUAAAGCUAAAAAGCAGGAAAUCCAUAGAAAAUAACAACGAUAAGUGCAAGCGGACGGCAAGAAAAUGGGCAAGAAAAACUCCAAAUUGAAGCAAGACACCAUUGAUCGUCUGACCACAGCCACAUACUUCACAGAAAAAGAAAUUCGACAAUGGCACAAAGGUUUUCUCAAAGACUGUCCGAAUGGUCUACUGACGGAGCAAGGUUUUAUUAAAAUUUACAAACAAUUCUUCCCGCAAGGAGAUCCCAGUAAAUUUGCCUCGCUGGUGUUUCGUGUCUUCGAUGAAAAUGAGGAUGGCGCGAUUGAGUUUGAGGAGUUCAUUCGAGCGUUAUCGAUUACAUCGCGCGGCAACCUGGACGAAAAGCUGCAAUGGGCAUUCCGGUUGUACGAUGUGGAUAAUGAUGGCUACAUAACGAGGGAGGAAAUGUACAACAUAGUGGAUGCAAUAUACCAGAUGGUGGGCCAACAACCACAGACGGAGGAGGAGAAUACACCGCAAAAACGGGUCGAUAAAAUAUUCGAUCAAAUGGAUAAAAAUCACGAUGAUCGGUUGACGCUCGACGAAUUUCGUGAGGGUAGUAAAGCUGAUCCACGUAUAGUGCAGGCGUUAAGUUUAGGUGGUGAUUAACCAAAAGAGACUUAGUUUAAUUCUGUAACAGAUUAAACGAGAAAGCGCAAACAAAACAAAAGAAAGAAACUUAAGAAAAUAAACAAUAAAAAAUGAAGAAAUAAUCAUAAAAAAAAAAACUAAAUACAUAGUAAGAAAAAAAGAAGCAGCAGGAAAUCUAGGAGGGUGGUAAAUAUAAUUUCUUGCAAAAAAUAUUUAUGAAUUAUGAGAGAUGAGUCAUAAUCAAAAGGAAGAAGCACACAUUAAUUUACACAAACACAAAUGAAUAGCGUAGACCUGAGUUAUGUCAAUGGCAGUCAGCUGGUACUUGCAUAUAUUCAAAUGUACAUACACACAUACUUGCAUACAAAAAAAAAACAGCCAUUAGUUUACUUAGCAUGGAGUUAGACUAUGAAAAACCACAACAACAUACAAACGAAAAAGUUUCAAGUAAUAAGGCAAGCGGUAGAAAAGCUUCGAAAACCCAACAAAAAAAAAUGUAUUUCAAGAAUGCAAAAAUAAACGAAAUAGCAAAUUAUAUUCAAAGCCAACGUAGGUGAAACGGGUUAAGUGUAGAUUACCCAGCCAAGUUGCAACACCAAAACACUGUUGUUGUACCGCUAACGUACACACACACACACACGCAUACGCAAACAUAGUUUUAGUGAAUUCAACGAAAUAGAAAUCAAAAUCUGCCUGAAACUGGCAGUCUUAUACACAAAAGCAGCCAACAAGAUUUAGAGAAAAACUGAAAUAAAAGUAAGCAACCAAAAAAGCCAACUUCUAGGCAGCAGAUUUGUAGGAAGUAAAAAAAAAGUUUUCGCGGAAGUAAUAUUGGAAUUCAUAGAGGAAAUUAAAAUUGACUUUAACCACUGUAGCUAAAGGUCGAAUACAAAGGUGCGUUUUGAACAAUUGCAAAAACAAAAUAAAAAAAAUAAAAUAAGAUAAAAGGAAAAAA